GAAAACCCGUCUCCUGGAUGAUGAUUGCACCCUCGAUAAGUCCCCGGAGAAGCGGCGAGUCCAACAAUCCCGCCAUGCGACUGUACAAAUUCGACACCGAUACAGGGCAGGUCUUAGACUACACGCAGUACUACCUAGACUUAGAGCAGGCCAACAAGCUGGAGGAAGCCGUGUGGCAGCCCGAGUACAACCUCACCACCUACUACUACGGGCUGAGCGAUGUGUCGUCCGUCGCCCUGCACAACCUGGCCGAUCGGUUCAACAACGCGGACGACGCGCAGUUUAUGAA